GCCACGACCCGGAAGUGAUCUGUCAGCGACGUCUUCCGGGUAGCGUCAGCUGGGCCUGGGCGGAGAGGCUGUGUGCGAAUGUCGCUGCAGGAAGGUCGGGGAUUACUGUGAGUAACGAGCGGAUUACGGCUACGGAAAGAUGGUGGAGAAGAACAAGCCGCACCCUUUAGCAACCAAUGAGAGAUCUGGUUAAGACUCCUAUGCCUGGACUGUUUGUCGUGGAGUACAUUGCUGUAUUUUUAUGAACAGAUGGAAAGAUUUCAUUGCCGUGUCCCUCCCCUGCCCCUCGUCCUCCUCCUCUGCAGCAGCCUGGCAGGAGGGCUUUCCAGUGCCCAAAUCUUACCAAAUAACACUCAGCCGCUGAGCCUCCACAAUGCCUCCUUACAUGCCCAGCUGCAGAUCUCUGCCAACUCUCCUGCACACCGGGACCAGAUUGCCAAGGAGGGAAGCAGCACAGUGAUAGAGUGUAACCUUAACGCCAGUCAGAAUGGGGACGUGGUGUGGUUUAAUUCUAAAGGGCGCCCACUGGAAGAGGUGGAAGGAGGAGGAAAAUGGUUGAUCUCCUCCAAUGGAGCCCUUAACAUCACCAGUGUGACAUUUGCUGACCGAGGGCGGUACACCUGUAUGUGUUCAGUUGGAAAUGCCACCUCCUAUUACACCGUUACCCUCCGUGUGACUUACACAUCCGGUGAUAUGGGCAUUUAUUACAUGAUUGUCUGCUUGGUGACCUUCACCAUCACCCUUAUCAUGAAUAUCACUCGGCUUUGCAUGAUGAGCAGUCACCUUCGAAAGACAGAGAAAGCCAUCAACGAGUUCUUCCGUACAGAAGGGGCUGAGAAGCUUCAGAAAGCCUUUGAGAUAGCAAAACGGAUCCCAAUUAUCACCUCAGCUAAAACCCUGGAGCUGGCCAAGGUGACACAGUUUAAAACCAUGGAGUUUGCCCGUUAUAUAGAAGAGCUAGCCAGAAGUAUUCCCCUGCCUCCACUCAUCUUCAACUGCAGAACUUUUAUGGAAGAAAUGUUUGAGGCUGUACGGUUGGAUGACCCUGACCAGGUUGAAAAAGAUCACGUGGGUGGAAUCUACACCAUCAGUUCAGGUAUGAACCGAAGUGGAUCUUCUGCAGGGGACUCUGAAGACAGCUCUGUCCAAGGGCAGGAGAUAGCCGUGAAUGUGUCUGUUCAUCCCCAGUGUGAAACUCAGAGCAUUAACACCAACCAUUCUCAGGAGAGUGCCCAGCAAGCCUGCCUGGAGGAGGUUAUUACUGUAGUGGAUCAGGAGGACACACCACCCGAAACCACUGCAUGACCACCUUAACCCUAAAACUUGUUACAAAGAGUGUACAUCUUACAGUCCACAUCAUUCUUUCCAGUGAUUAAGUAGCUGUGCCAAGCCACCUUGUUACAGGAUUUAUUAUAGUAGGGUAUCCCUACCAGUAGCAUCUAGUUUUUACUGUCUGGAACUAAUACAUCGGGAUGUGGUUUUCAUCUAGUCCUAAAGGGGUUGUAUGAGAUUAGAGAAAAAGUGCUGCUUCCUUCCAAAACAGUGCCACUCGUGUACGCAGGUUGCGUCUGGUAUUUAAACACACACAUAUAAUGUAAGGUCAUAGUUUAUUGAUAGAAAUUCAUACAGUACAUAAUAAAUAUCAGGAUUACAAUUAGCAGCAGAACAAGAAGUGGAUGGGAAAGUACUGAGGAAACGAUCUUACGCCCGCUGGUAAAAAGACAUUACUUUUGCCAAUAUGUUUCCCACAAUAAAAGCACGCAGAGCUUUGGGGACCGGGUACUGCGGAUGUGCUAGCGGCCAUCUAGCAACCCAUGUCCUCAGCUCUAUUCACAAAAUCCCGGUGAUGGGUUCCCUUUAAAGGAUUCAUCCCAAGAAAACGAUCUACUGGAUAGGUGAUAAAUAUCGGAGUGCAGGGGGUCUUACUGCAGGAAUGCUCCGUAAUCUCAAGACAAGGGUUCCCCAAAUCCCUUCUCUGAAUAGCGUGGUAGUACGUAUGUCAGUCCACUGCUCCAUUCUCUUCUAUGGGACUGACUGAUGUGGUAGACUUCUAGCAGAGGCAGGAGCUCCUAUAGCACAUUGCUGCACUCGCUCCACUAAAGCCUGGCAUACCCUAUUAGUGAUGGGCUCUGCAGAGCUGGUACAGGCAGGGGCAGCGAUGUGUGCUCUUACCUGUACUCAGCUCACCUGGAGCCCAGUGUAUGGACCCCAAAGUACAAUAGGCUCCUGACCUUCAGUAGAAAUAUUCUUUUUAUCAAAUUUCUGUAAACGUUUAAGCACACUUUAAAUCCGACAAUCUAAUGUCUAUAACUGGGAUCCGCAACCUCUGACGCCCCAGCUGUUCAGAAACUACAACUCCCAGAAUCCUCCUUUCACUUCUAUGGGAAUUACGAGAACAGCCGAGUAAGUAUGCAUGCUGGGAGUUGUAGUUUCACAGCAGUUGGCGUGCCGGAGGUUGCUGAUCCCUGGUCUAUAAUCUGAAACGCACACUGACCUAAUUCUGUAGAAAGUUAAUUAAGCUCGACAACAUCAGUAAGAGGGCGGAUGGAAGUUGGGUGAGGCCGUACAUUCCAAAGGUUUGUUCUAGGAAAGACAAAAAAAAAAGACGGAGAAGAGAAAAUGUUAUUUGACCAAAGUGUGGUGGUCAUGUUUGGAUGAUAUUGGUUCCUGGUGUGGUAUCGGAAUACAUUCCUCCUGUAGCGUUUAUAAGGGGUCCUUUCACACACAGGCGUCAGGGCCAUAGAACACAGUCAUCGGUCAGUUUCACACACGCGUGUUUGGUCUGGAAAAUACAGUUUGUGUAACGGUCACGUUUCCUGUACCGGCCACUACUUGAUGGACCCAAACUCACUGCAUCCCCGCCUGAGCAGGGAUCUACUGUUUGUACAUAGAUGGUUUUGGAUGAGCUGGGGUCAGUCCGAGACACAGACGCCAUUUUCCAGGCCGAACACGUUAGUGUGAAACUGGCCUAACAGACAUUUCCCUUGUUGCCCUGAGGAGACUGGUUAUUCUGAUCUAAAACCUAUGUUACUCGAAGAGAUGUUUCAUUCAAAUCAUGCUUUAACAAAUAUGCACGCUUUUUCAAAUUUUUUGUUUUAUUUUUUGCUUCAAAGCAUCUGAAAUAAAAAGAAAAACAAGAAAAGAAAAUUUGCAAAUUUUGAUUAAAAAACUUCCUUUUUUUGUACAGAUACAGUAGAUGCAUCUUCAUGGUUAUAGGUCAUCGAGAAGGAUCAGACCACACAGGGUUUGUUUGUAGUCUGUAUCCAUGGAGAUACAUAAAUCUGUAUUAUAGUUACAAGUCUUUUGAAAUUUUUGAUUAAAAAAAAAAUCAAACUUUUUUAAAUUUUAGAUGCAUUAGACACUGAUGGCUAACCUCCGGCACUCCAGCUAUGGGGAAACUACGACUCCCAGCAUGCUCCAUUCAUUUCUAUG